AGUAGCUUUGAAGGGCAGAAGAGCACUUGAGUAAAUGUACUUAGUAACAUUCCAGCACUGAAUAUGAAACUGUCUUCAUCAUAAUAAUGUUGCAAUUCUGUAGAUGUUGUGGAAAGUCCAAGUUUCAGAAUAGCCUAAAACUAAAGGGAGGAAAUUCCCCGCUCAAGUUCACUCCCACUUCCUGUCAAAGUGAUGUUUACAAGUCGCUGCAGCAAAUUAACUCACAUAGCUUCUGUACGGACCUGCAAGAAACAGCCUGGAUAGGAAUUUCUUUACCAACUUAUCAACAACUUCACAUCCCGGUUUGCCUUUAAAACAAAGGAUCAAUCAUCAUGACUUCAGUGCCGGGCCUCGCCCUGCUGACUCUGGUCCUAUCAGGGUCCACGAUGGCCUUUGUCCCCAUCGGGGGAGGGGCGUCCACUCAUGUCAGCAUUACAGGAACAGCUCUGUUGGACAAAGUGACGGAGACGUGUCGGGCGGUGGCUGAGGCAGCAGGUCAUGAGUUCAACCCCACGGGUCCUUCUCCUGAUGAGCUGGUCCAGGCCUGUCUGGGUCCCACGGCGACAGGAGAAGUGUCUGGAGCCAAGUUUCACUCUGCUCUUCAAGAGAUCUACGUCCAGAACGGACUGGUGGACCGCGACUUUGUCAACAGUGCUCCACAUCAUUUCAACUCUGAAGCCUUUCUGGAGGGGCGUAGCCUCAUCACAGAGGGAAUGGCCACCAUUAAGGCAAACAUCCGCAGUGAGAACUUCCAGGCUGCCAGAGAAACUCUGGGCAGAAUCCUCCAUACUCUACAGGACUUCUACAGCCACAGUAACUGGGUGGAGCUGGGAAACACUGAUCCAUACAUCAACCUGAUACGCCCAGACCUUCUCUUAGAUAACCUGGCAGAUGUGGACACGGCCACCUGCAUUGACUGUCCCAGUGGAACUUGCCCCAACCCCAUUCUCCCCAACGUCCUGAAGGACAAGAUGCUGACAUCAGGAUACAUGGGAGUCUUCUCUGCUGCCAAACCCAAAGGUAAAUGUAGCCACGGAGGUGCAGGUGACCUGACCAGCACCGUGGUUCCUCGUGGAGGAAUCAGCAAAGACGAGCGUCGUCCAGAUAACGUUGCUGUCCACAACGCUGCUGUGAAGGCGGCUACGGCCGCCAGCCUCCUGCUGCUGCAGGACAUCCGCCUCGCUGCCGGGGACAACGACUUCCUGAGAAUGAUGGGGAUCGCCCGCUCGUCCGUCGUGUGUUUCGUCAUCGACACCACCGGCAGCAUGUCAGACGACAUCGAUGCAGCCAGAGAGAUUGUUUACAAAAUCAUCGACAGCAAGAGAGGAACACAAGACGAGCCGUCGGAGUACAUUCUGGUGCCGUUUAAUGACCCUGACUUUGGACCAAUGAUCAGGACAACAGACGCUGAUAAGAUGAAAAGGGAAAUCUCAAAGCUGAAGGCUGAUGGAGGCGGUGACACCCCUGAGAUGUGUCUCUCAGGACUUCAGAUCGCUCUCACCGGUUCCCCUGACAACACUUACAUUUAUGUUUUCACCGAUGCUAUCGCCAAGGACAUUCAUCUCAAGGAUGCUAUUGAGGCCCUCAUCAUGAAAACAAAGUCAACGGUGUCAUUUUUCAUGACUGGGGCCGGUGGUAGGCCCCGUCGUUCCAUCAAAGCAGCUUCCUUUGAAGACUACAAGCAACUGGCUUUGGCCUCUGGAGGCCAGGCCAUCCAGGUGUCUAAGAACCAGUUGCCUCAGGCCACAGACGUCAUCCUCGACACCGCCACUUCAGCUCUGGUGACAGUUCUUCAGAGAGCAAGGAGCCCUGGAAAGCAGGAGACCUUCCCCUUCUUGUUGGAUGAAUCUUUGAAAAACAUCACUAUCUACAUCACAGGGACAUCCAUUACUUUCACCCUCACCAACCCUGCAGGUGUGACCCAGAGUCACAAUCAGGCUAGCGGUAGUCUGGCGACCAUACAGACAGUCGGCAAUCUGAGGAGAAUCCGUCUCAACGCUGACAACCAGAUAGGAACCUGGCAGAUCAACAUCGUCUCCAGCCAACCAUACACACUUAAAGUCUCAGGCCAAAGUACAACAACCUUCAUCUAUGACUUUGUGGAAAGAUUCGGGGGACCUCACCCAGGUUACGCCGUAAUCAGUGGGCGUCCACUCGCAGGUCAGGCAGCCACUCUGAUGCUCACAGUCAUGGGUAGGAAAGGUCCGUCCUUGAUGACCAUCGAAGAUGUUGCCCUGGUAACUGUGUCUGGUCCUGAGACUCAUAGCAAUGGCACAACAACUGACAUGGGCAAUGGAAACAUCCUGGUGACAGUUGAUUCAGUCCCUGAGGGGGAGUUUGUGGUUCUUCUCAAAGGAACUGACAAAGAGUCCAAAAGUGACUUUCAGAGACAGUCUACCACCCAGAUAUCAGUCUCCAAAGUCAAUAUCCAGGCUGGGGUGGCCGGCAGUGUGGAGCCAGGAGAAGCAUUCGAGCUUCCCUUCAGUGUCAUGACUCAGGGCUCUGGUGGAGCGUACGAGAUCCAAGCCACCAAUGACAGAAGCUUCCCCAUGAACUUCCCAAAAAGUGUCACCUUAACAACUGGAGUAUACACUAACGCUACUCUGACCAUCACACCUCCUGCCUCCACACCAUCAGGAACUGAUGUCACUCUCACCCUGGAAGCCAAGUCGGCCAGUGGCGCCGACUCCAAUUACGUUGUUCUGAGAUUAUCUGUCGUUACCAAGAUUACAGACUUUUUCCAGCCUAAGUGUGUGGUGCUCAGUGUGCUGGCUGAUGAUUGCCCUAAAACCCAGUCUGAGUGUGGACCUUUCCAGUGGGAUCUCAUGGCCAGCCUCACUGAUGGAAACGGCACCGGGAUAGAGAGCAUUUCUCUGAGCCAAGGAGCUGGAAACCUCACCACCACCUCCCUGACGGAGCCCGUCGUCCACGUUAACUACACCGCCUCCUGCUGCUCGCAGAUUGUCGAGUUAAUCGCUGUCGACAAAGUUGGAAAUGUGGGAAAAUGCUACCACUCCAUCGUCCGUUCUGCUGGUCCUCCAGCUUUGACUCUGUCUCUGCCGCUGUGCUUGUUCCUGCUGCUAUCUGCCUUUAUAACAAGAGGCUAAAGGGCUUCGCUGGCUCACUCUCUUACAGAUGCAUCUCAAUACAUUAGAAAAGUCCAUAACAAGUAGUUUAACCCUCUGGAGUCCACGAAAGCACUGGAGCACAACUUCUUCGUGAUGUCAAAUAAGACACAAAAAGACACAAAAUGACUAGAAAAAAGACACAGAAAUGACCAAAAAAGACACAAAAUGACUAAAAAAAGACACAAAAUCACUAGAAAGAAGACACAAAAUGACCAAAAAAGACACAGAAGACACAAAAUGACAAAAAAGAGACAAAAUGACAAAAAAGACACAACAACAUACACGAAAUGACCAAAAAAGACACAAAAAAGACAUGAAAAGGAUUCAAAAAUGGACAAAAUAGUCCAAGACUCCAUAGAGUUAAGUCUAACAGCCCCAACCAAAUAUUGAGUCAUAUUCUGUCCUGCAAAGUCUAACUAGCAAAGGGUAAAACUGAGAAAAACUACUUUAAAGAUUUUUAACGUUUUUUUAAUGGCCAGCCAAAUUAGUUAAAGGUACACUGAAAAAAAACAGAUUUUUUUGGCCCUGUAAUUAUUAUUUCAAUCAUCUAUAUAAAUUCUACAAAUAAAUACGAAUUUGGUGCUUUUACUUUGAAAUAGCAGUUUUUCAUGUACUGAUAAUACAUGUGUUAUUCCCACUCGUUGAAUUGAAUUACUGACAAAUAAGCUUAUCUAUCCAUCCAUCCAUCCAUUCUCGUCCGCAUAUCCGGGGCUGGGUCGCGGGGGCAGUAUUAUAUUCUAAUUUAUUGAGAUGCACCAUUAUGUCUGCAUCAGGUACUGCAUGCACCCUUUACCACUCCAAAGUACGUUAAAAUAAACUUCCUACUGGUGAUGGUAUACUCAUGUGAAUAAAAUGUAAGCACUGAUUAGGCGAUGGAUGAAUGCUUGAACUGUAUGAAAAUAAAUAUUUCUAUAUUUUUUUAUAAAGAAUUAAAGGAAUUGAGAGCAAUGGGUUGGAGGAAUAAAAAUGAAAUGGAUAAUAUAUAAUAACAGUCAUACUGCAGUGAGCAUGCUUCAUUUGCAGCAGUUUUAUAGAGAAAUAUUGUCAGUAGAUUCAAUUACAUAAACCAAACUGUUCAGUUUCAUUCCUGUUUAUAUUCUGAAGGUUUUUAAGCAGGGAUUUGGAUCAUUCGUAGCCAUUUACAUCACAUUUUAUUCUGGAAAAACAUGAAAAUAUGUGUAAUGGUUUUCUUUUUAUGGCUUUUUUUCUGAGAUAUCCUAAAUCCCCUCUGUAAAAAUGUUUUUCCUGAAUGUGUUGAAGAAAAAGAAGAAGUUAUUUUCAUGUAUUGCCCUAACUUCAUUAAUAUAAUUAUUGACAUAAAGUGCUUGUGUUGGAUGUUUUUUGUUUCCUGUAAUACAUUUACUGCAGAACAUAUUUCUACACUGAUCUACAACAAAACUAGUCACAAUUAUGUCUUAAAAUUUUAAUUCAUGGAAGUUAAAUAUUUGAAAAUUCAUGGAUCAUAUUAAAUAAAUUCAUCGAAUUUAAAUCAACAAUCAUCUGCAUAAAUGCUUGUACUAAGGAAUCAUUCUGAUGUUUUUAAAAUAUUAAUUAUUUGAAAGUAGAAAUGUUAUUUCACUGAAAAAACAAU